UCCGUCCUGUCCCGAGGCCAUCGAGGCCAUCUUCGAACCAUGCUGCAGCCCCGGAUAUGCAGCCUGCAGGCCUCGCGCAUUGGCCGGGCGCUACUCCAGCCUGCGCGCAGUUAUGCCACUGCCGUCGAACACGCACCGUCGCCCGCCUUUGAGCCCACUGUCCAGGCCGACGGCGGCGUCGUCCAGUCCAGAGAGCCGCGGCGGGACAAAUUCAUCCCCCUGCGAACCUACAAGCCACGCACGCCCGGUCUGCGACACCUGAAGCGACCCGUCAACGAUCAUCUGUGGAAGGGGCGGCCGCACAUCCAGCUCACGAUUGCUCGGAAGGGCCAGCACUUGGGAGGAAGGAACAACACUGGCCGUGUCACCGUGAGACAUCGAGGUGGUGGUCACAAGAGGCGUAUCCGGAUUGUGGACUACAAGCGGUACCUCCCCGGCAAGCACAUCGUAGAUCGGAUUGAAUACGACCCGAACCGCAGCGCCCAUCUUGCCCUCGUCACCCGUGUAGCGACUGGCGAGAAGACAUACAUUGUUGCAGCAGAUGGAAUGCGAGAAGGUGAUGAGGUCGAGAGCUACAGAAGCGGCAUUCCGAAAGAUCUGAUCGCUGAUAUGGGUGGCGUCAUCGAUCCUGGUAUGCUUGCAGCGAAGACGGCAGCCCGAGGCAACUGCCUGCCAAUCCACAUGGUUCCGCUGGGUUCCCAAGUCUUCAACGUAGGCUCCAAGUCCCAGGGUGGCGGUGUCUUCUGUCGGAGUGCUGGAACAUAUGCAAUUGUCGUUACCAAAGAAGAGGUGGAGAAGUCAAAGGGCGUGGAAAUCAAGAGCGUCACCGUUCGCUUGCAGAGUGGCGAGCUGCGAAAAAUCAGCCCGGACGCCUGCUGCACUAUCGGAGUAGCGAGCAACCCACAGAACCACUUCAGGUCUUUGGGUAAAGCUGGUCGAUCACGAUGGCUAGGAAGGAGACCAGAAGUUCGUGGUUUGGCUAUGAACGCCGCUGAUCAUCCUCACGGUGGUGGUCGUGGUAAAUCGAAGGGUAACGUCCAUCCCGUCAGUCCGUGGGGCACACCGGCAAAAGGUGGUUUCAAGACGAGGCACAAGAGAAAUAAGCACACGUUCCUUGUUCAAGACCGGCCACGAAACCAAGGCAAGCGUAGACCUAGGUAGAGAAGGGUUGUCUCCUGUAUCAUAUCACCUGUUGUCCAUCUGUACCAUAACAAUUCAUGCGGCCACGAGCUUAGCUAUAGGAUUCUCCACCGUACAUCAUCUUUGUCCCAUCAUCUUUGUCCCAUCAUCUUGCCAUGUCAAAAGGACAGAGAUGCGUUAGUUGAUACUCCACAGCUCAG